GCCACGAGCAUCCGCUAUGACUUCUCGCUUGAAUUUAGACCGAUCGCAUCCUCCCACCCGCCUCUGCUCCAGUUUCGUCGCCGCAGGCCAGGUUCCCUGUGCUCUGGAUGCACCAGCUGCUGCAGAAUGUCCUCCGGCAGCUCCAUGGAUCUUUACACGCUGCCCUUUGGCCUCAAUCUCACUGACGCCAGCGGCCAUGUCUCCCCCCAGAAGCUGCUCUACUACCCGGAUGCCCCCGUCCCUCUCUCAAGCAGCAUCGCCAUCGCCUGGCUCGCUCUCUGCAUCGCGGCCUUUGCUCUCUCAUCGCUUCGCAUCUUUCUCUGGAUCCGCCAAGACCGCCUGCUGUGGAACCAGUUCCUUGACCAUGAGCUUGAGUCUCCACCACCAAGCCUCAAUCGCGUUGCGUCGCCCACGAAGCCGCCCUCAUCCCGGGUUGUGAGAGGAUCGGUCAUUCUCGUCAGCGACAGUGCUGCUGACUUUCAGCAGCCAAGCGCAAGGUGGCGACCGCCUCCUGCCUCAUCCCGGAGACCUGCCUUAUCUGCAUCGCAGGCGGCUGGGUUCCAAGACCCAACCGCUUCGGCUCACCUCAACUCUUCGUCAUCCGGCCGGCCGUCGCGACCACGCCGCGAACGAAGAGCCCACACCGGCAGGGUCUCGAUCGCCAAGAAGCCCUCCAAGGCAUACUUGAUGUCGCCGCUUGCUCCAUCAGGCGGGUCCGCCAGCCGUCGUUCGUUCGCGCCCAAGCCAAUCUUCAAGGACCGAGAUUCGAGUCUCAAUCGCCCAGGCAGUUCGUCUCAGCCCUCACAGUCGUCGAUGCUCGCGGCCAUGGCCAGCCGACACUAUCAUGCACGGCGCGGACAGUACUCUCGGCUCGAGGGCGAUAUGCUGUCCUCGGGCACCACCGUGGGUUCAGCAGCUACCCCGCCCCGCCGAUUCAUCAACCGGUCGCUGUAGUCCUGCAUGACCGCCUGUGGGCCUUAUGGAGCAUCGGCCCUGUAUCGCCUGACUCAAUCCCUCACCUCGCCAUUCCGCUCACGCACCUCAAACAUAAUCAGUCCGUAAUGCAGCACAUAAUGCAGC